CAGUUUCACUUUCCAGUUUCAGUUUUUUCAAGUCAUUCUUUAACAACAUGCCCACAGUUUACCUUAUUAGUCAGUUGUUUACCUCCCUUAUAUAGCCCCGCCCUGAUCUUGAAAAUCUACAAGACAGGCUGGACAGAUCUCAGUGGAGCCCAUCCAGCUAACCAAAACGCUGCAAACUGCUGCCUGAAUUCUUAGCAACCAUGAGUAUGAAUGCUGAUGAAGAUCAAGUCAAAGCUAGGCUGGAACAGUUGAGAUGUCACUUUACAUGGAAAUUGCUCAUUGAAGACACUGAACUGUCUGAGUUAGAAAACAGGGUCUUUGAUGAAAUUGAGUUCCUAAACACAAAAUUCAAUGUGGGAAUACACAACCUACUGGCCUAUGUGAAACACCUGAAUGGCCAGAAUAAGGAGGCCCUGGAGAGCUUGAAAGAAGCUGAAGACUUAAUGCAGCGAGAGCAUGCUGGCCAGUCAGAGGCGAUGAAGCUGGUUACCUGGGGCAACUAUGCCUGGCUGUAUUACCACAUGGGCAGACUGGCAGACACCCAGAUAUACCUGGACAAGGUGGAGAACACUUGCAAGAAGUUUGCCGGCCCCUCCUGCUACACAAUGGAAUGCCCUGAGAUGGACUGUGAGGAAGGAUGGGCCUUGCUGAAAUGUGGAGGAAAGAAUUAUGAACGGGCUAAAGCCUGCUUUGAGAAGGCUCUGGAAGUGGACCCUGAAAACCCUCAAUUCAGCACUGGGUAUGCAAUUGCUGUCUAUCGUUUGGAUGGCUUUAGCAAAACACCACACGUUGAUGAGGCAUUUUGUGUGCAGCCCUAAAACGGGCCAUCAGGCUAAAUCCAGAAGAUGCAUAUAUUAAGGCUCUCCUCGCAGUGAAACUUCAGGAGCUAGGACAAGAAGCU